CUUCCUUGCGAAUUCCACAGCUUGAACUUGAAUUCUUCCAACGUGUCUCGCAAUUGGUUUCCUGUCGGGCAGGAAUCUGUUCACUUUUGUUCUUUGAUAAAAAAAACAAAAACCAAUGUAAUGCAAUCACUCUUGAAUAUCCUUCCUCUCGUCAAAGAACCUCUUCUCAACAGAAAACAGUACAAAACAGCCCUCAAGCGCUCCGACGGAUCUCUAAGACAACUAACGUUGAAGAUUUUCGGAACACUUGUUCAGGUGUUCGUCUCCUGGGCAAGUGUCUCCCGUUGUGCUAAUAAGAGAGAUCUACGAGGGCCGAGCACGUAG